UUAAACCAACAGGAAACAGAACGUGAAGUGAGCUAGCUUAGCUGCGGGUGCUAACGUUGCUAUGGCGGAGGUAGCGGGGCCGUCCAGUGAGACGAUCACGGAGACGGUGCAGACGGGAACACCGCCACCGCCCCAGCAGGAGGGAAGAAGCUUGACUAUCAAGCUUCGGAAGAGGAAGACCGACAAAAAGGUGGAGUGGUCCAGUGACACGGUGGAUAACGAACACAUGGGGCGCAGAUCCUCAAAGUGUUGCUGCAUUUACGAGAAGCCCCGACAGUUCGGUGAGUCUUCCACAGAGAGUGAAGGGGAGGACGAGGAAGGAUGCGGGAGCGCGCACUGCAUCCUCGGCCACGGGAGAGGACACGGACAGAGAGGAGGAGGAGGAGGAGGUGGCAGCGACUCCACUACGCCCCCGAGCUCCGGCGGAACAAACCCUCACUAAUCAGGAGAGCACUGAGCUGGUGGGGGGAAAAAAAAGAGGGAAAUGCGAAGCGGACACGUUCAUAAUUUUACAUCCGGCUACUCACAUUGAAAUAAAGUCACUGCGUUGCUGUGUUUGACAUUGCCAUUCGGUGCAGAGAGUGGGAGCUUUUAGUUCAUGCACAUUGAUAUAGUUUUGAUUUAUUUUUUUUUUCUGCUGUCAUUGUGAUCAAUGAGAAAUCAUUUAAAUGCUGUGUUUGGUUGUACAUAGGGUUUUAAUUUCUUUUUUGUUGUAAUGUGUUUUUCUAUUUAUUUGUCUGCAACGUUAAGAUCAGUUCUGUCUCAUUCUCAUUUUUAAUGCAAGUGAGAGAUGCCUUGAAUCAGUAAAGCUCAAGCCAGUGAUUAUAGUAAAUCUUAAAAGAUAUUUUAGCUGAUGAUUUAGAAAGCAGGGUCCAUUCCAAAGACUUGAGAUUGAACAAAGGCAGAGGUGCUCAUCGUGUGUUUGAUGAUGAUGAUGGUGGUGGUAAUAGUAUUACAGCUGGAGUAGACGCAGGCAAAAGCGUUAUUUGAGCUUAGAAAGACGUACUGCUUUUCUGGCCAAUGUUUUUUAAUUUCUUCAGUGAGUAAGUGGUGUACUUCACAGGUUUAAUGUUUUCACUCAUUUCCACGAGCACAGUGAAUCUUUUUUUUUCCUUCAUCACCUUUCCUCGUGACACUACUGAUUCUUUUCUGACAAUCAGACGAGUAAAGCUAAUAAAGGCAUUGUGCAUGUACAUACUAACGGCAGGAAGCUUCACGGUGGCAAUGAAAUUACAUUUAGUAUUGCCUCAACUGGCUUAAGUAUCAGCUGCAUCUGUAUUUGAAAGGUUUAAAAGGAGCAAAAUGUUCACAACAGUACCACAUGAGACGUAGUGUAAAAUCCCAGUGAUGUCAGCAUGUUCAGUAAUAAACUGAUGAAAAAGUGUUUGGUACAU